CCUUUUUCUCUUUCUCUAUCUAUGAGCUAUUGAGUUUUUCUAAUUGGAACAUUUGUAUAAUGCCGGCACUCAACAUCCCACGAGCCAUCACCUGCAUUAUCUUCAACAAGCUUCUCUCUUUCACAUCGUGAUAUCUCUCUCUGCAAACAACACAUCAAUCAUUUCUCACCAUACCCAUUUCCUUUUUUCUAAUUUCUCUCUGGAUCUUCAUUAAUCAUCUUCUUCUUCCUUGAAAAUACAGUUAAUUCUGGUUGAUUGCAUUCAAUAUGGCUCUUGAAACUUGGCUAAUAAAACUCAAAACUGCAAUAUCCAGCGGUUUGGGCACUGUAAAGGCCUCAACACCCAAACCGAAAUUGUCUCCAAAGAAAUCCAACGUCGGAGUUUUAGCUUUUGAAAUCGCCGGAAUCAUGUCAAAGAUCCUCCAUUUAUGGCAAGCUCUUGCAGACAAGAACAUCGUUAGUCUUCGCAAUGAAUCGAUAUCUCUCGAAGGAGUUCGCAAGAUCGUCUCAAACGACGAGUCGUUUCUUCUCGGGUUAGCCUGCGCAGAAUUGGUAGAAAAUAUCAAACUCGUGGCGAAAUCUGUGUCCAGAUUAAGCCGGCGGUGUGAAGAUUCGAAUCUCCGGUCGUUUGAUCGACUGAUUGAAGUCUUCGCGAACUCGGGCCACGACUCACUGUGUUGGGUUUUAAAUCCGAAAGACAUGGAAGCAAAGAGCAAGAAGAUGGAGAGGCAGGUGACGAUUAUCGCUACUUUGUAUAAAGAAAUGGAGGAGCUAACAGCUUUAGAAAAUGGAUUGAGAAAAGCCUUGCAGUGUAAUGAAAAUGAAUCCUCUGCGUAUGAGAAGAAAAUUUUCGAUCUUCAACAGAAGAUUCUCUGGCAAAAACAGGAGGUGAAGUGUUUAAAAGAGAGAUCUUUAUGGAAUCGAAGCUUCGACAGUGUUGUUAAUCUUCUGGCAACACCAGUUUUUACUGUUUUAGCAAGAACAAAACUUGUCUUCGGGAUUGGCCAUGGCUGCUGUCCCACUUAUCUUCCUCGAAGCCUCUCAUCUUCAGCCAUUGUUCAUCCAACCAAAGAAAACAAAGAUUCAACAAAUGGGUUCUUCGAGUCGAAUUCGAAAUUAUUAAAGCCGCCUGCAACGACGUUAGCAGCCGCAGCCUUAGCGCUGCACUAUGCGAAUUUGAUUAUCAUAAUGGAGAAGAUGAUAAAGUCUCCACAUUUGGUUGGCGUUGAAGCAAGGGAGGAUCUUUAUUUGAUGCUUCCGAGUAGCAUACGAUCGUCGUUGAGGGCUCGAUUGAAAGGAGUCGGUUUCUCAGCGAGCGAUGCGGUGCUCGCCGGAGAAUGGAGAGACGCUGUAGGGAUGAUCUUGGGGUGGCUGUCGCCGUUGGCACAUAAUAUGAUAAAGUGGCAAAGUGAAAGAAGCUUUGAGCAGCAAAAUUUAGCGCCGAAAACUAAUGUUCUUCUCUUGCAGACUCUGUAUUUUGCGAAUAAAGAGAAGACGGAAGCCGCCAUUACUGAGCUGCUUGUGGGGCUGAACUAUAUUUGGAGAUUCGAAAGGGAGAUGACGGCUAAGGCGUUGUUUGAAUGCUUUCAAAGUUCCAGCUAACGAGAAGGAUAAUCGAUCGAUCUUUUUUUCUAUUCAUUUACUUCUUAAUUUUGUUAAGAAUUUUCUGAAAUUCUGUCAUCAUGCUAGUUGAAUUUUGAUUGAAGUCUGUAAAUGAAAUGGAUCGAUUAUUUCAAU